AUGGCCACCGAAUUAGCUGUCCAGAGCGAGCGCGCUUUCCAGAAGCAGCCGCACAUCUUCACCAACAACAAGAAGACCACCGGAAAGAACAAGGUCGGCAAGGGCGGCCGGAGAUGGUACAAGGACGUCGGUCUGGGCUUCAGGACGCCCAAGACCGCCAUUGAGGGCUCGUACAUCGACAAGAAGUGCCCCUUCACUGGACUCGUCUCCAUCCGUGGCCGUAUCCUCACUGGUACCGUUGUGUCCACCAAGAUGCACCGUACCCUGGUCAUCCGCCGCGAGUACCUCCACUUCAUCCCCAAGUACUCCCGUUACGAGAAGCGUCACAAGAACCUCUCCGCACACGUCUCCCCAGCAUUCCGUGUUGAGGACGGCGACCAGGUCACCGUUGGCCAGUGCCGGCCUUUGAGCAAGACUGUCCGCUUCAACGUUCUGCGCGUGCUGCCAAGAACUGGCAAGCAGGUCAAGCAGUUCAACAAGUUUUAA